AUGGAGCCUUCUAUGCUCCAAUGUAUCAUCUGUUCCGGGCGGCCCUGUUUUAGCGACACAUCUCAUCUGUUGACCCAUGUCUCCUCUAAGGCACAUCUGUCUUACUACUUCAAGCUUCAAGUCCGCAGCCACCAAGAGGAUGACGCUGUUGAGUUACUCGUGCAAUAUGACCAUUGGUUCAACAUAAACAACCUUGCUCAACUGCUCUCCGAUCGGAGCACCUCCAAGGAAGACAGAAGGAAGAAGCGGAAGUCCGCAGCCCAAAACACACCCAAGCUAACUACUACCAACCAACGAACUCCCCCGAGAACAUCCCACCCCACCGAGCCUAUCCAUCACAGCCCUCAUGCACGUCCGUUGCUUCCUGACUUUCUGGACCCACGUCUAGUUGACGAUUACGGCAACGUGAAACUCGAACUCGACAGUCAAAAUUCUUCUGUCUCAUCCUGGUACACCCCAGCCGCAGAUGUGGCAACUGAUACUCUUGUGGUUUCAAGUGUAGCCCUUGAUGCUGGCUCAUCUGGGACUGUGGGCGCUGCAAAAGGAGAUGAGUGGUAUGGAUGUGCUUCAUUCAGCGUUGACGAAGGAAUCCAUACUGCGACCUUGCCGGUGACGCCAAUAGCCCCACACAUUAGAUUUCGACACAGUGACGUACCUUGGAGAGUGGGCAGCAAAGCUUCGAAUGAAUUUGGCGAUGCCAGAAGCCACGGCGUGAGCUUGGACAAUGUCGAAGCUGACAAGGAACGGGCUGAUGAGAUGUCGAGACUCAAGGGUGUGCUGUGGCCGGGAAUGGACAUAUUUGAUUCGGCCACGGAGCUGAUGCGGCGCAAGCGGAACCAGAAGAAAGACGGUAAAGUGCUGAAGACGAUGGAAUGGACAUCCUCCCAGGUGGAGCCCACAGAGCUCAUCUUCUCUCCCACUGGAACUUUGAAGAAACAGCGUGUGAUUUCGGGCAAUGUCGACGACGACAGUCCCCUGAAGGGUGAAACUCCAGUCCCCAAGCGUCGUCAGCCUCGGCCCAAGAUACGUACCCGAACGACCGCUCUUCGUCCUCUUCGUCCAACGGACCCUAAUCUUCCCCGUGCUCAGGACCGCAAGCGAGCGAAGAAGACCCCUCAAAUGAAUGAGGCUGAUGAUGAGUGGCAUGAUGAUAGCCUUUCAUCUUCCCAGUUUGCUCGCCUACAAAGUAUCGGACAAUCCUUCACACCGGAGGAUGAUGAUUUUGCUCUUUCUACGAAGGCAUUUGGAAAGCGACCUCACAAAGGCUUCGCUGUUUUCGCCGACGAUGACCAAGACAAGCAGAACUUCCCAGAUCAACAAGCAGCCCCACAGGAUCCAUUGGGCACACUGACUCCGGCACGACUUAUUUUUAAAAGCAAAGCAGCCGCUGACAACCACGCCCACCAGACUGAUCAGUCCUCUAUGGACAAAGAGAACAUGGAGCCCAUCCUGAAUCCCCAGGGCUUCAUCGAUUUUCCCUCUUGGAACCACUCCCCUUUUUUGAAGAGAUGUAAUUCUAACGACGCUUUGUACCCCCGGUAUUUCCUCGGCCAGCCUCAAGCUACUGACCUUGCAAGUAACAAUGGCCAUGCAGGCUUUGGGUUUUGCUCCAACCCUCUGCUAGCCCCGUCCACCCAGAUGGACUUCUACGACGAUGACAACCCAUUUGAGGUGAAUAUGUCGGUGGGUAACACUGGCUGGGCCACGGUCACACGCUCUGCAUCUUCUGAGGCGACUGUUUCUCAAGUGGACUCCCAAGAACUCGCCGAGCUGUACCUGAUUGGCAAUGCCGACUAG